AUGCCCUCAAUUCUUAAAUUCCCAACUGAACCAAAUAGACAAAUAAGUUAUUCAACAAAGGAUUUAGACAGUACAAAACAUUAUGAUCAAAUAUAACUACAAAACUCAAAAUCAUAUUUGAUUGGAAGCCAUUAUUUUCAACCAACUCUCAAAGUAAUAAAUGGUUAAAAACCGCAAUUGUUUAUUAACUAAAAAUCAAAUCUUUAAAAUCAAAGCUUUCUAGACCUCUCUAAUGUGGAGUCGUUAGGAAGUCCAUUCUCAAAAAGAGAAGAUAAAAUCGAUGAUGGUUUUACGAAUUUUAGAGGUAGAGAAAAAUCCCUAAAACCUCAAUUAUCGCCAUAUCUCACUAAUUAAUAAUCUUUUUCAACUAUCAAUAACCUACAAAGUUAAAGAAAAAUUUUAGAAAAUGCACUAGAUGAUAGUAGAUUUCAGGUUUGUAAAUAAAAAAAAAUCGAUUAAUCUCCUCAGUUCUAAAUUGCUAAAAAUGGGUAUUUCCAUAAUUUUCAGCAAAUCAAAAAUCUCAAGCAUUUAAUCCCAUUUUAAAUAGAGAAAUCUGUAAAGGAGAAGCCUAUCUAAAAAUAGAAAGAACAAGUUUUUUCUUCGAGAUCACCUGAGAAAAGCCUAACUUAUCCUUUAAAAAAACCGCUUGUUAGAUCUAAGGAAACACAAGAAAAAAUAAAGAAUAAAUUAUAAAGAAAAAAAUCGAUACAUCUCCCGCAAAUUUCAAAUAAUGAAGAUACAAUAAAUAGAAAACUCAAGUGUUUUUUGAGAACCCUUUUUGAAAAUUAAUGCAUGCAUAUGAUAUAUGUUAGACCUUCAGCAAUUAGGAUCCAAAGAUAUCUUAUAAAAGAUGCUAAACAUGAGGAGCUAGUGAAAAGAUGCUUUAGUUAUAGAUGGUGGUGGUAAGAGUCUAACAAUUAAGAUGAAGAUAUUGAAUUCUUUUGGUAUUCACAAGCCUCCCUAUCUUUUUUAAGUAAGUAAGGAUAACGACAUAUAAGUGAUAAAAUAGAAUUUCAACCUUUUGAAUAGGUUUUAAAGAAAUCUCAAGGAGUUGAGGAUUAAAUGAGAUAUGCAAUUGAAAAUAAACUGAAUUUUUUGUCACCCUAAAUUAAGGUGCAUAAUCAUAUAGAUCUUUCAUAGCCUUUAUGGACUAAAAAAAAUUUGAUUUGUUCGAUAAUUAAAUAUUGUUAAUUGACAAGGUAAUAUGUAGAAAACUUUGUUCCUCUUUCUAUGGUUGUAGAUUAUCUAGGUGAGAAUCUACUUUAUGCAUUCCUGAAGAAUUUCAAAACAUCAACUAAUGUUUGGCUUUUGAGAAAGAGUGAUUUAUAAGAGGAGGAUAAAAUUAUUGUAUGUCAAAAUACCUAAAGUGUUUUUAAUUAUCUUAAUGAACAAUUCAAGAUGCCAAAUAGAAAUUAGUAGAGUUUUAUAGUUUAAUAAUAUAUUCAUCCAAUAGAAUUUGAAGAAAUCGAAUUAGACUUAUGUUAUUACUUAUUGAUUACUCAAAUAAAUGGAAUUGUAAGGGGAUAUUUAUUCUAAUAAUUUUAUGGAUAGAAAUCAUCAAUAACAAUAUCUGAAUUUGAAGAUGGAUCCUCUAUUUACUUUAUCGAAAAUUCAAACUCAAAAAUAAACAAUUAGUAUAUUUCGAUGAAGAAUAUUUUGGACCAUCUUUAUCUGUAUAAUUUUGAUUAUGAAUCUACGAUUUACCCAAUAAUAAAAUAAAUAUUAGGAGAAUAUCUGAAGUCUAUAUUUAUUUAGAUGCCAGUAAAGGAUCACAAUUUCGAGUUGAUUAAAGUAGUUAUGUUAAUUGAUAACAAAGGUAAACCCUGUUUAAUCAGUACUAAGCCAAAUCCCAUAUUAGAAUAAGAUGUGGAAUUUAUGAAAGAUUUCACGUCGUAGCUGAUUGACAAUGUCUUUCAACUUGGAUUAGAUCUAUUGUUUCCUCCUCCUUCUAUAUGGCCAAAAGAGAAAAAGAGAUUGAUAGAGAAUUAUUGGGAAACUAAUGACUUUGAAUUAGUUUUCGAUUCGAGGAUAGAUGGAUAAGGACUAAAAUCAUUAUCCGAAGAAAUACUAUAUGAGAAUUAUAAUGAUGAUGAAUUGUGA